UGAAACAAAUCAGCUUCACUUGAAUAUUUCUCAAAAAAUCCCUGUAUUCUUCUGCAAUGGCUAAAGACAUCGAGGUAGGCGGAGAGUUCCAAGCCAAAGAUUACCAUGACCCACCUCCCGCUCCAUUGAUUGACCCUGAAGAGCUCACUAAAUGGUCUUUUUACAGAGCCUUAACAGCCGAAUUUGUUGCCACUCUCCUAUUCUUGUACAUCACUGUGUUGACAGUCAUUGGCUACAAAAGCCAGACUGACAAAAAUCAAGGCGGCGACGAUCGUGGUGGUGUUGGCAUUCUUGGUAUUGCUUGGGCUUUUGGUGGCAUGAUUUUCAUUCUCGUUUACUGCACUGCCGGCAUUUCAGGAGGUCACAUCAACCCAGCUGUUACUUUCGGCUUGUUCUUGGCUAGGAAGGUGUCCCUGGUCCGAGCCGUAUUGUACAUGGUGGCUCAGUGUUUAGGAGCCAUUUGUGGAUGUGGGUUGGUGAAGGCUUUCCAAAAGGCUUGUUACAACAGAUACGGCGGUGGAGCUAACCAGCUUGCUCUUGGCUACAGCACUGGCACAGGAUUGGGUGCUGAGAUUAUUGGGACAUUCGUUCUUGUUUAUACUGUUUUUUCUGCCACUGAUCCCAAGAGAAAUGCAAGGGAUUCCCAUGUUCCUGUAUUGGCACCAUUGCCAAUCGGAUUUGCUGUGUUCAUGGUGCAUUUGGCAACCAUUCCAGUAACUGGUACUGGCAUUAACCCAGCAAGAAGCUUCGGAGCUGCUGUAAUCUUCAACCAGGACAAGCCAUGGGAUGACCAUUGGAUAUUCUGGGUUGGACCUUUCAUCGGUGCCGCAAUUGCUGCAUUCUAUCACCAGUUCGUGCUGAGGGCAUCUGGGUCUAAAUCUCUUGGAUCCUUGAGGAGCUCCUCCAACAUAUAAAUUUUCUUCAAAAUAUUUCAACCAAAAUGGAGGAAACUUAUAAAUCUUGACAAGAGAGAGAGCUUUUGGAAUCUGUAAAAUAUAUAUCAAGAUGAAGUCAAUGUGUGUGUUUUCUUCUCUAUACUGGGCACUUAAAUUUUAAAUGUGCGCCCAAAUCCUCAAUCUGUU